AUUUUGUAAGGGCCCCAACUGUGGUUGGGAGCAAAAAAUAUUCUCAUUGGAUGCCAGAAUACUAUGAUGUAAUUUUACGUUUAACUCUUCCCUUCUCAUAAACCCAUCUUGUUUCUCUUCUAAGCUAGAGAGGUUCCUAGUGUAGGUUAUCUUAAGCAUGUCUUCUACUUAUAUCUAAAGAUUGCUUUAAAACUUGAAGUAAAAUCAAAGAAAGAGGACAUUUGUCAAAGUUUUAGAAUCGCAAAAGUCCAUCAAUCAUUCUCAAAUCUCAGAGUCAAAUUCAGAGGAAGGACAAUCGCCCAAGUUCUCCAACUAUAUAAUGCCCAUCCAUCGUCUGGAAUUUCUCAAACUGCAGCAGCCAAAAUGAAGCAGUUGAGGCAGUAUACAGAAUCUUCCCUUCUUCCCCUCUUGAUAUGGCUUCUCAUGUUGUCUGACCAUGCAGAAGGCAAUGAAGUCACCUUCUUUGUUGUCAACAAAUGCCCCUUUACAAUAUGGCCUGCUAUUGCCCCAAAUAAAGGCAGUCCAGUGAUAGCUGAUGGUGGGUUCUGCUUACAGUCAGACCAGGUAAAGCGCAUCCAAGCACCACCCACAUGGAGUGGACGGCUCUGGGCAAGAACUGGGUGUGACUUUACUUCCCGAGAUCUCACUUCGCAGUGGAAGCAAGCCUGCCAAACUGGUGAUUGCGAUGGACGAUUGGAGUGCAAUGGGAUCGUUGGUACGCCUCCAGCAACACUAAUACAGUUUUCCCUGCAACCAAGUCAAAGUAAGCUGAGUUUCUAUGAUGUAAGCUUGGUAGAUGGAUACAAUCUCCCCGUCUCCAUCAACGCCAAAUCUUCGGAAGCUAACUGUUUCAUUGGAGGAUGUAGGAAGAACAUCAAUAGUGUUUGCCCACCAGAGCUUCAGGUAUUGGAUGAUAGUGAAACUGUGGUGGCAUGCAAAAGUGCAUGUUUGGCUUUCAAUCUUGAUGUGUUCUGUUGCAGAAAUGCUUAUGGGAGCCCAGAGAAGUGCAGAGUAAAUACUUAUUCGAAGUUGUUCAAGGAUGCUUGUCCCUCAUAUUACAGUUAUGCUUUUGAUACACCAGCACCAUUGGUGACCUGUUCCUCCAAAGACUAUAUCAUAACCUUCUGUCCUUCUAGAUGGGGAGACCAUGUACACUCCCAUAUAGAUGAAUGAGUUUUUGGUGACCUGUACCUCCAAUGACUCUCAUAAUUGGGGCGACCAUGUAAACAAACGCCCAUAUAGGUUUGUGCUUGCUUAGAGUAAAAAGAACUUUGGUAUAGGGGAGUGAAUAUAAUUGGCCCUCUUUCUAAUUGA